AUGACGGGUCAAUAUGGACAAAAUGAAACAUCAAGUAAAGUCAACGAGGAUUCCGAAGAGAGCCACACACCAGAAGCAGAACCUGGAACUCUUGUCAAGGAACCAUCAGAAGAAACAUUGUCAAAAAAUAACAUCAUAAUCUCUGAAAUGCUGGCAUCCCUAUCAAUAUUAGAGGAGGCAGAGGCCUCUGUGUUUGAAAAGCACCCAAUCAACCAAAGUUAUCGGACCAAAACUUUCGCUGGAUUAAGUGAAAUUCUUGAGUUAGAUACUAAGGAUGAAAUGGAAGCAAAUGAUCCACAGGAGACAUCUAUACCUGAACGCAAACCAUUUCCAGAAAAAGAUUCAAAUUUACCUGACAUAGACAAUAGAAGAGCAAACAUCAUCACUGAGGUCAUAAAUACGGAGAGGGACUAUGUCAAAAGUUUACGGGAUAUUCAUGAGGGUUACUACAGACAGUGUCAGAAGGCAAAAGACUUGUUUCCUCAUGCACGACUGGUAACCCUCUUUUCAAACAUCGGGGAUAUUUACAAAAUGCAUAAGAGAUUGCUAUCCAGUAUGGAGAAGAAGUACAAGUUAAGAGAACCCCACUCGAGUGAAUUUGGUGCCUGUUUCGUUGAGCAAAAGAAAGGUUUCAUGAUGUAUGCCAAAUACUGCAAAGACCACAAAGAAGCUCUUGAGGAAUGGACUAAACUCAUAAUGGUGGAAAAAUAUGUUUACUUUUUUGAGGUCUGUCGAAUGCAUCAACAGAUGAUCAACCCACUCGAUGGGUUUCUAAUUAUGCCAGUGCAGAGGAUCUGUAAAUAUCCUUUAUUUCUGAAGGAGCUGUUUAAAGCCACCCUACCUUCCCACCCGGAUUACGCCAAGGUAGAAGAAGCUGUGGUUGCCAUGAGGGAAGUACUUGAUGCGAUUAAUGCUGAGAAAGGAGAGGGCGAGAAUGAAGCUAAAUUAUCAAAGUUUCAGAAGUCAGUUUUAAAUUGGAAGGGUGAUGAUAUUACAGUCCGUAGCACGCAACUGAUUCAUCGUGGUGAUCUAGUUCUGGUUAAUGAACGAGGUGCCAGGGCAAAGAAUUAUGUGGCUUUCCUCUUUGACCAUCAGAUGUUUUUAUGCAAAAAGGAUCUGAUACGUCGAUACACACUUUACUACAAAGAAAGAAUCUACAUGGAAACCUGCAUACUGAUAGAUGUGGAUGAUGGAGAUGACAUGGAAUUCGACUGCAAAGUCAAAAAUGCUUUCAAACUUAGAAGCAAGCUUUUUGAAGAGCGGUGUAGACUUUUCUUUGCAAAGACUCCCGCAGACAAACAGUUAUGGCUUUGUGCCUUUGAGGAGGAGAGAAAUAUUGCUGAAGGCAAUAAACUCAGAGAGGACAGCUACUACAACUUUCCAGCACUGAACCUUUCAACUGUCAUGCCAGAGCAGUCUUUCAUAUCUCAGCCCAAGCGCAGGAAAUCAGUCAACCUGCUCAAGUUCAGGAAGAGAUUAUUCUCAUAA